GUCGCAAGUUUUGCAUAGCACUGCCAAUGAAAGAGAGAAAAUAAAAAAUAAAAAAUUCAGGUUCUCAAAAACUGUACGCAACUAGAAACAAUGGCUGAGAUGAAGAAGAAAGCAGAACUGAUCUUCUUUCCCAUACCGGAGAUUGGCCACUUAGCUUCAUUCCUCGAAUUAGCACAACUCCUAAUCAACCAUCAUAACCAUCUUUCCAUCACAUUCCUCUGCAUGAAACUCCCUUACGCUCCCUCUUUAGAUGCAUACAUCAGAUCAGUUAUAGCCUCACAACCUCAAAUUCAAGUCAUUGAUCUCCCUCAAGUAGAACCACCUCUACAGGAACUAUUGAGACCACUAUCACACUACAUCUGGUCCUACUUGCAGACCCUCAAACCCCAUGUCAAAGGUAUAGUGCAAAACAUUUUAUCAUCUCAUUCUAACCCCAUUAUCGGGUUGCUCCUAGAUGUCUUUUGUUCACCCUUGAUUGAUGUGGGAAAUGACUUAGGCAUCCCUUCUUAUUUGUAUAAUUCUUCAAAUGUUGGAUUUUUUAGUCUCAUGCUUUCCCUUCAGAAGCGUCAGAUUGGUUAUGUGUUCAAUGAUUCUGAUCCUGAGUGGUUGAUUCCGGGGCUCCCUGAUCCUGUUCCUUCAAGUGUUUUCCCUGAUGCUCUUUUUAACAAAGAUGGAUAUGCUACUUAUUAUAAACAUGCUCAGAGGUCCAAAGACUCCAAAGGGAUUAUUGUUAAUUCUUUUUCAGAGUUGGAGCAGAAUCUUAUUGAUGCAUUAUGUGAUGAUCAAAGCCAAACACCUCCUAUCUAUGCUGUUGGUCCAUUGAUUGAUCUCAAAGGUAAUAAAUCUAACCCAACUUUAGAUCAAGGUCAACAUGACAGAAUCUUGAAAUGGCUAGAUGAGCAGCCAGAUUCUUCUGUUGUUUUUCUAUGUUUUGGGAGUAAGGGAAGCUUUGAUCCAUCUCAAACUAGAGAAAUAGCACUAGCGAUUCAGCAUAGUGGUGUUAGGUUCUUGUGGAGUAUACAUUCUCCGCCAACCACAGACAUUGAAGAGAGAAUCUUACCAGAAGGGUUCUUAGAGUGGAUGGAGGGUAGGGGAAUGCUAUGUGAGUGGGCACCCCAAGUAGAGAUUCUAGCCCACAAAGCCAUUGGGGGGUUUGUGUCUCAUUGUGGAUGGAACUCUAUUUUGGAAAGCAUUUGGUUUGGGGUAUCAAUAUUGACAUGGCCUAUCUAUGGAGAACAAAAGAUGAAUACUUUUAGGAUGGUGAGGGAAUUUGGAUUAGCAGUGGAGCUGAAACUGGACUAUAGAAGGGGUAGUGAUCUUGUUAUGGCAGAGGAGAUAGAGAAAGGGCUGAAACAAUUGAUGGACAGAGACAAUGUGGUGCACAAGAAUGUGAAAGAGAUGAAAGACAAGGCAAGGAAAGCUGUCCUUACUGGUGGGUCUUCUUACAUUGCUGUUGGAAAACUAAUUGAUAAUAUGUUGGGAAGCAACUGAUAAGUGAUAGCAUAGUUGUUGUAUUUUAAUAAAUGGAGUUGCCCCUUUCUAUUAGAUGGAUAUUUAAAUGGUUGCAGUUUGUGUAUGACAAAUUUACUAGAGCAAUUAUGAAUGUUCUUCUGUUCUGCCUUUUCUUUGGAUGGUUUA